AUGAUCACUACUGCGGGGUUUUUGUUUUCUCUCGGUGGGGCCCUUUCAGGUGUUGCUAUUCACCAUGGACUUUUCAUCCACGGGGAGUGGCAUCAUCAAGCACCGAACAUCCUACGAUCUUAUGCAGGUAUUUUCGGCUGCGUAGCAAUAUCUCAAAUGUUCAUUUACGGCUCGAAUGCUACUAGUAUACUGACUUCUGGUCUUGUCGUGGCAAGCAUAUUGCAUGUCUUCAGCUUGAUAGCAAGCAUCCUGGUCUACCGUGGCCUCUUUCAUCGCCUCAAUAACGCCAACUUUGAUGGUCCAUGGUGGGCACGAUACACUAAGAUUUGGCAGAUAUGGGAGAAUAGACACUCAAAGAAUCAUCUGUAUUUGCACAAGCUAUAUCAAAAGUACGGUGAUGUGGUGAGGACAGGUCCUGCCGAAGUCACCGUAUUCAUUCCCGAAGCUCAUGAAGCAGUUGGCGGCCGUCAGUCUGAGUGUAUAAAAUCGGAGUUUUAUGAUCUCUUAUGGCCCGAACAAGCCCUAUUUGCUGCUCGGAACAAAGCAGUCCAUGCAAAACGACGAAAAGACUGGCAGUAUGGAUUUUCUCCCUCAGCUAUUCAAUAUCAUGAGGCGAAGGUGCUCAAGUGGAUCGAUGAGCUUGACAGACAGCUAGAGGGAAAAGCCAAAGAUGGCUCGAUUGUCGAUGCGACUGAAUUUCUCCUAUGGUUCACAUUUGAUAUCAUGGGUGACUUCACUUUCAGUAAGUCAUUUGGGAUGCUUGAGAGCCAGAAAUGGCACAACAUAAUUGUCAAGACUCAGAAUGCUAGAACACUGUUGGGUCCGCUUACCGCAACGCCUUGGCUUCUGCAUAUUGGAGUAAAGUUACUACCACGGAUUCUGUGGGUAAAAGACUGGUACGAGUCAGUUGAGUGGUGCCAGGCACAGAUGGAGGAGAGGCUUUCAAAUGGAUCCCAGCCCGGAGUUCCAGAUCUUACCUCUUUUUUCAUGGAAAACAACAAGGGAGACAAAGCGGAUCCAUGGCUCAGAGGAGAUAGCUUGUUGGCGAUUCUGGCAGGCAGUGAGCCCACUGCUCAGAUCUUGGCAGCAAUCUUUCAUGAGCUCUCGAUGCACCCUAAGCAUAUAGACAAGAUUCGCGAAGAACUGAGCGAAGUGUGUAUUACCGACUUCAAGGCUCUGACAGAUCUGCCGCACCUCAAUGCUGUCAUUCAGGAGGCAAUGCGCCUCCAUCCAAAUCUUUUGACUGGGGGCAGCCGGAAGACAACAGAAAAUGGAGUCACUAUUGGCGAUGUAUACAUUCCUCCGCAUAUCACGGUGAUCACACCACACUACACUAUUGCCAGACGCGAGGAUUGCUUUGAACAAGGCACCAAAUUCAUCCCAGAACGCUGGACCACCAAACCCGAGAUGGUGCGCAAUCCAAAGGGACAUAUCCCUUUCAGCAUUGGUCAGUAUAACUGCAUUGGGCAACAUCUGGCAUGGCGUAUUAUGAGAUACACAGUCGCCCGGAUUGUUUGGAGGUAUACUUUCCACCUGGCACCAGGGUAUGAUGGACACAAUAUGGAGGGUGACAAGGUCGACAGAUUCACUGCCUUUCCUGGAAUUGUGCCACUUUGUUUCAAGCUCAGGGACUGAAAGAGUAUUUGAGUACGUGGUACUUGACGUUGGCUGAGAU